ACCAGUCUGGCUGACUCCAGGUCCCCAUCUCCAGGCAUGGCGCUGCCUUGGGCCCUCACUGUCCUGAGCCUCCUCCCUCUGCUGGCCACCCAGGACCCAGAAUGCGCCAUCCUGAAGCCAGCCCCUAUCACCAACGCCACCCUGGAGCAGCUCUCUGGCAAAUGGUUCUUCCUCGCCUCUGCCUUCCGCAACCCCAUGUACAAGGAGGCAAUUAAAACAAUCCAGGCAUCCUUCUUUUUCCUGAGCCCCAACGUGACGACAGACGAGAUCCUUCUCAGACAGUACCAAACCAUUCGGGGUCAGUGCAUCUAUAACUCCACCAGCCUGUGGGUUCAGCGAGAGAACAGGACCCUCUCCAGACUAGAGGGGGGCACGGAACACUUUGCCAACCUGCUGCUCACCAAGGACCCCAAGACCUACUACUUUUCCUUCUUCAUAGAAGAUGAUCUGAACAAGGGACUGUCCCUCUAUGGUGACAAGCAGGAGGUGACUGAGGAACAGCUACAAGGGUUCUCCCACGCCGUCAAGUGCAUGGGCAUGGAGGAGUCUGAAAUCCUGUUCACCAACGGCAAAGAGGACGCGUGCGGGCCGCUGGAGAAGCAGCAGGAGGGAGAGAGAAAGAAGGAAGACCAAGUGUCUGCAGGGGACAAGUCCUUGUGAUAGCCGCCCGGGGACUAGGGACCCAGCCUCACACUGUCUGGGGCCCUGCGGUUGGGUCAAUAAAGCUCCUGUCGUUGGAA